AUGAAUAAUUUUAUUCGCGUGAUAGAUGGAUUUUAUAAACCUGAAAUAUACUAUACGGAUACCGAUAGUUUAUACAUUUCGUCUAGCAAUUGGGAUAAAUUAAAUGAAGCUGGGUUGGUGUCCGAAAAUGAUUAUUGUAAAGGAAAGAAUGAUUACGGUGAUGGUGGAAUUAUAUUUGGUUUAUAUUUAGCGCCAAAAGUUAAAUACAAUAUCAUUCUAACUUCCGAUGGUGUUUUAAAAGAAAAGAAAACGUUUAAAGGUUACUCUAAAGGUAAGAUAUCCGUAGAAGAUUAUAUUCGAUUAGCUAGUGGACUCGAUGUAACGAAUGAAUUUAAGAAACCUUGGGUAAAAAGUUUCACCAAUGGAGUAGUUAUUCCAAAGGAUGAUGAUAAACAAAAGAAAGUUUUUAGAAGUUAUCUAAAUUUCGUUAAGAGAAAAGCACCAAACAGUCAAGGAAUUAUGUAUCCUUACAACGACGGAAAAGAAUUGAACAUAGAUGAAAACUAUGAAUUUGAUGAUUUCGAUUACCUUACUAUUCAAGAAGAGAAUGAAGAGUGUUAA